AUGGCCCCAACCGGCGCGGACACCAUACGUAUUCUUGUCUCAACGGACAACCACGUUGGGUACAAUGAACGCGACCCCGUACGGGGCGACGACAGCUGGAAGAGUUUCCACGAGGUGAUGUGCCUUGCUAAAGAACGAGAUGUCGACAUGGUACUCCUUGCAGGAGACUUGUUCCACGAGAAUAAGCCGUCCCGAAAGUCUAUGUACCAGGUGAUGAGGUCUCUGCGCAUGAAUUGUCUUGGAGAUAAACCAUGCGAGCUGGAGAUGCUCAGCGAUGCCAGCGAAAACUUUCAAGGAGCUUUCAACCAUGUCAACUACGAGGAUCUGGAUAUUAACGUGGCCAUUCCUGUUUUCUCCAUACAUGGGAAUCAUGAUGAUCCAUCUGGUGAAGGUCACCUGGCUGCCCUUGAUUUGCUGCAGGUAUCAGGCCUGAUAAAUUAUUAUGGCCGCACUCCCGAAUCUGAUAAUAUCCAAAUCAAGCCUGUUCUACUGCAAAAGGGACGUACAAAGCUAGCCCUGUUUGGGAUGAGUAACGUACGAGAUGAGAGGUUAUUUCGCACGUUCAGAGAUGGCAAAGUCAAGUUCUUUCGACCAUCGAUGCAGCAGGAAGACUGGUUCAAUCUUAUGAGCGUACACCAGAACCACCAUGCACAUACUGAGACAGGUUAUCUGCCGGAGUCAUUCUUGCCGGAUUUUCUUGACUUGGUUAUCUGGGGCCAUGAGCACGAAUGUCUGAUACACCCUCGAUUAAACCCGGAGACAAAUUUCCACGUUAUACAGCCAGGCUCUUCAGUAGCAACGUCCCUAGUUCCUGGUGAAGCCGUAAAGAAACAUGUCACCAUACUAAGUAUAACCGGACGCGAAUUCAAAUCGGAGCCCAUUUUACUAAAGUCUGUUCGGCCAUUUGUUACCAGAGAAGUUGUUCUGAGCGAUGAAAGAGAGAUGCAAAAGCUUUCUAGAAAGGAAGAUACGCGGACAGAGACGACACGCUUUUUGAUGGGUAUUGUCGAGGAGAUGGUUGAAGAAGCCAGGAAUGAGUGGUUACAGCAGCGAGAAGCCGCUAGUGAUGAUGAUGACGACGAAGUUGAGCCCCCUCUACCGCUCGUACGGCUGAAAGUCGAGACAUCGAGGCCUGGAGGAGGAAAUUUCGAUUGUGAAAACCCACAGCGUUUUUCGAACAGGUUUGUUGGCAAAGUCGCCAAUGUUAAUGAUGUUGUGCUAUUUCACCGCAAGAAGAAAGGCACGGCUCUUACACAUGGCAAAUCCGACGCACCAGAUGAAUCGGCUGUGUCCCAUCUCGUCGCCCUUGAUGCGAUAAAAGUUGAACAGUUGGUUCGAGAGUUCCUUACGGCACAGUCAUUGACAAUUCUGCCUCAAAACUCGUUCGGAGAUGCCGUAUCCCAAUUCGUUGAUAAGGACGACAAGUAUGCUAUGGAGAUGUUUGUCAACGACUCGUUGGAAAGCCAGAUUAAGCAUCUGAUGAAUCUAGAUCGUGACCAAGAUGGAAUCGAUCAGGAUGACUAUGAACGUGAGGAAAUUAUCCAGACUGCCAUGGAUAAAUAUCGCGAACAGCUUGAAGAGCUAUUUGCUAAAGGCAAGGGUAGGAGAACAGGUGGGAAGAAGCGGUUCAAGCCUAAACCUGAUGGCUGGGAUACGGAAUUUGACGGUGUAUGGGAGGAUCAACCUGGUGCACUGAUACACUCUGAUUAUGAAGACGGCCGCAACAAUGACGAUGAUGAAGAGGAAGAAGCCCCUGCCAGAGCCACGACUACCAGUAGAAAACGGGGCGCAUCCACUGCUGCGUCAACGUCAACUCGUGGUAGAGGUAGAGGUGCCAGUCGAGCUGCGGCUAAGACCACUACAACAAGGGCACGGGGGAAAGCAAAAACUACCGCUCCACCAGCCCGGGGAUCUAGAAAAGAUGUCUUUGACGAUGACGAUGAAGAUGAUGAGGAAGCUUUCCUGGAAGCAAUGCCCGACGACGAUGAACCCGUGGUAUUAGAUGAUAUCCCUGAAAACAUCGACGACGCUGAAGACCUGUUCGUCCAGCAGCCAGCACCAAGAUCUCGCGGAAGAGCAGCACCAGCCACGACAACCAGUAGAUCCAAGGCGGCGUCUACUCGCAAACCAGCCGGACGGACAACAGCAGCCAGCAAGAAAGUCCAGGGCACAUUGAACUUCGGUCGGUCUCAGACCAGCCAGAGCCAAACUCUAGGCGGCACCAGUGUCAGUGGCUCUAGUACGAGACCCACGCGAGCUGCCGCCACAAGAGCAGCUCGCAGCGUCAGCGUGAUGAGCGACGGAGUUGAAUAUGAUGAUGACGAAGAUGCGUUUGAUCCAGCGCCCAUUGUCAGUAGUGGGCGUAGUUCAAGGAGAAGAUGAGGUUUAUUCCGCGAGAUAGACAAUCAGUUAACUAUUUGCUUGCCUCAUGUAGCAGCAACUUGUUCGUAUAGUCAAUCGAGCCCAGGUCAAGCAAAGUCUCUAUGUAGAAGCUGUACGGAUAAUCGUUUAUCACUUUUCUACCCCAGCAGAUAUUGCGCGCAGACAAAUGAAGUAGUAGCAUUAUUGAUUUAACAUCGUGGAUCCAACACUGUUUGUCCGCUUCUCAUCGUCUAGCCUGUGGUACCUAGCACAGUUACUUAGUGUAACCAGUAAAGGGAUCAUUAUUACACAUUAACUAGUGGCCACGGCAACGUGACAUAACUAAUGGAUGAUAUGCGUUUUUUGAUUAGUUAACUAGGGGGCCUCCUAAACUCUUUUUUUUUCGCCCUGGGUUCGAACCCAACUUCGCCCUUUUCCUUUUUACUCUUAGAAACAACUAUCAGAACAAGUCCAGGAGCAAGGUAAGGUGGUCCUCAGUAAGGAAAGCACGAUGGUUUAUCCCGAUCAGGAAAUGGCAACCCAUGACACUCGCAACUUCCACUGAUACACUGUUUAUUUGUUUACACGCCCAUGCGAUGGUUGCCCCUGCCUAAUCCAUACAGAUUACUCUCCUGCGUGCAAGAUGCAGUUACAGCGCCUAGCUAUGCCUGAGCCUGUCUACAGAGUGAAUAUAGAAAUGGUCUUGAUCCGUACGCAUAGUAUAUCCAUCAAUUUUUACAUUCCCUUGAUUGUGUGAUAAAAAGAAGAUAAUUCCAAAUAUAUCUUGUAUAUCAGUGUGCCUAGUGGGAUGGGCAAUGUGUUUGAUUAUAGAGAAUAACAAUCUGUCCUACAUAGUCAAACCAUGAGACUGUAGCUCAUUGGGUCAAUGAAGAAGUGAAAUCAAUAUAUGAUAUAACAUUCCACCUCUAACUACUUCCCAUAGUAUCAACACGGCCUUUCUUUCUAUACUUAUACAGGCCUUUCUAGUACAGCCAUAGAUAGUAUAUAUAAGAUUAAGGAGCCCAACGCCUCCAUGGAGGUAACUAUAUAUUUAUCUGCCAGUGGAGGACGAUAACUACCUGCCUCAUUAUUGGGUAAUUCAAAGAGGAGAUAAGAUUUAUUCCACGAGAUACAAUCAAGACAGUAUACUCAUAGUAUCUAUAUUCUUGUACCGUGUGGCGACUUGUUGUAUGAUUAAGAACAUACACCAUUACCAAGCAGCAUCUCAGUAGAACUCUUGACCAAUCAUUACCCGUCUAGUUAGUUACGGAUAACACGGCAGAUCUUCUAUGCAGGCAAACCAAUUAUUUCUGUCAAUCAGAAUAUGCCCUCUUCGAUUUGCCCAACCAUUUGUUGGGCGCGAUGCCCGUCCACUUAGGUGUUCAGGUGACAUUUUUCAAGGUCCCGGGGACGGGACGGAAGUCUAAGUAGCUUGAUACCUCACUACCAUACGGAGUAACUGACUAAUUAGUUAAUAUACUUCUCUCGGAUCGGUGGAUCGGUAG